AUGGCACGCAACUUUUUCAUUGGUGGUAACUGGAAGAUGAACGGUUCCGUCACCUUGGCCAAGUCCUUGGUUGACAUGCUCAACAACGCCACUAUUCCUGCUGGUACUGAGGUUGUUAUCUCUCCCCCUGCUAUCUACAUUGACCGUGUUCGCCAAUCCUUGAAGAAGGAGAUUGGUGUUGCUGCUCAAAACUCUUAUGUCAAGGCCAGCGGUGCUUACACUGGUGAAAUCAGCCCUGAGCAACUCAAGGACUUGGGUAUUGAUUGGGUCAUCCUUGGUCACUCUGAGCGUCGUGAAUACUUUAAGGAAUCCGACGACUUCGUUGGUGAGAAGACUGCUCAUGCCUUGAAGGCUGGUGUCAAGGUUAUUCCUUGCAUUGGUGAGAAGCUUGAGGAACGCGAAAGCAACAAGACCACCGAAGUUGUCACUCGCCAAUUGAAGGCUAUUGCUGACAAGAUUGAUGACUGGACCAACGUUGUCGUUGCCUAUGAACCCGUCUGGGCUAUUGGUACUGGCAAGGUCGCUACUCCCGAACAAGCUGAAGAAGUCCACGCUACUCUUCGCAAGUGGCUCGCUGACAAUGUCUCCCAAAAGGUUGCUGAUGAGACCCGUAUCAUCUAUGGUGGCUCCGUCAAGGGCAGCAAUGCUCCUGAGUUGGCUAAGCAACCUAACAUUGAUGGUUUCUUGGUUGGUGGCGCUAGCAUCAACGAGGACUUCCUCAAGAUCAUCGCUGCUCGUCAGUAA